CGGCACGAGGCCUGGUGGCGCAUCCAUCCUUUCCGUGGCAUGGUCAAUGAUAUCCGUCGGAGAGCGCCUUACUACGUGAGCGACUGGCUCGACGCGUGGGAUUAUCGAGUGGUGCCCGCCACAGUCUUUAUGUAUUUUGCAAACAUUCUACCCGCUCUUGCUUUCUCGCUAGACAUGUUCCAGAAUACGGGAUCCAACUACGGUGUCAACGAAGUUCUGCUGGCUUCUGUCCUGGGCUCUGUUGUCUUCUCCAUCUUUUCUGCUCAGCCACUUGUUAUCGUUGGAGUAACUGGUCCCAUUACGGUGUUUAAUAGUACGGUAUACAAUAUUAUGAAACCAACUGGCGUCAACUAUCUGGGAUUCAUGGCUUGGAUAGGAAUACUUGACACACUGUUAGCAGGCUACUCACUAACAGCCUUCGUAUCCAGAUGGUCUCUAAUUUUACACUGGAUCCUCGCUAUUACCAACUCUUGCAACUGGCUUCGCUGGGUCACACGAUUCCCCUGCGACAUCUUUGGCUUCUACGUAGCCUUCAUCUAUCUCCAAAAGGGCAUUCAAGUUCUGGAGCGUCUUGGCAGCGACAGCGCCUUCUACCUCUCCAUUGUCGCAGCGUUGCUGCUAUUUAUGGUGGCUUAUAUCUGCAGUGAAUUUGGAUCCAGCAGUCUCUUCAGACACCCAAUUCGUGUCUUUUUGAAAGAUUAUGGGACACCACUGACUCUCGUCUUCUUUACCGGCUUUGUGCAUAUUGGCCGUAUGUCUGAGGUGCACUUGGCGGUGCUCCCAACCAGCAAGGCGUUUGAGCCUACAGCGGAUCGAGGCUGGGCUGUUAAUUUCUGGGACUUGAGCGUUGGACAAAUAUUCACUGCGCUGCCAUUUGCCAUACUCCUAACUAUCCUAUUCUGGUUUGACCAUAAUGUGUCGUCCCUCAUCGCACAGGGAAGCGAGUUCCCCCUGAGAAAGCCGGCUGGGUUCCAUUGGGACUUCUUCCUUCUCGGCAUCACCACUGGAGUGGCAGGCAUUCUCGGAUUACCCUUCCCCAACGGGCUGAUCCCCCAAGCCCCUUUUCACACAGAAUCCCUUUGCGUCACCAAAGCUGUCAAGCAGCUCGAUGAGAAGGGCGAAGAUAAAGGUGCAUAUACCUUUGAGACGACUCACGUUGUCGAGCAGCGGGUAUCAAACCUGGCUCAGGGGCUUCUUACCCUUGGCACCAUGACCGGUCCUCUUCUCGUGGUCCUUCAUCUUGUCCCUCACGGAGUCUUGGCGGGACUCUUCUUCAUCAUGGGCGUCCAAGCCCUUCAGGCAAACGGCAUCACAGUCAAAUUACUCUUCCUGGCCCGUGACAAGAACCUGACGCCGGCAAAUUCCCCUCUCAAGCUCAUCAAACGCCGCAUCGCCAUAUGGAUUUUCGUAAUCAUCGAGCUGGUUGGCUUCGGCGCCACUUUCGCCAUCACACAAACCAUCGCCGCCGUGGGCUUCCCCAUCAUAAUCCUACUCCUCAUUCCCCUGCGCGCUCUCCUCUUGCCCAGCAUCUUCCACCCAGACGAGCUGAUGGCCCUCGACGAGCCGACCGCUUCAGACUUUACGAUGGAAGGCAUCGGCGGAUCUUGGGGCGGUGGCCGAAAUGAAAUCCAGAGCAGCGAUGAAGACACCCCCAUACAGAGCAGGUCAUCGUCCUCUUCGCGCCGAACCAACGAUGCCAGCGACGAUGAUGCAGCCGCUUGCUAUAAAAGCCAAGAGGACCUGGCGGAGCUCGGCCAAGUCCAGAACACGCAGAAUACCAUGACUAGGAGGAGAAGCAUUGAUAAGAGGGCGGGCCGAUUACGUAGAGGGAGCAUAGUGUCAGACACGGCGUAACCAUUACAUGAUUGGUUAGCUCAUUGUCAAAAGAGGAAGAGGGGAAAGAAGAAAAAAAGCACAUGAUACCCUAGGUGACGUCCAUCUAUCGCGUGGAUUUAUUACAUGAAUUUGGAGAGCAUGGUGAAGUAGAGACUUACAUAACAGAGUACUUGGUACGACAUCUCUGCGGGUUAUAAUACCCAUCAAUAUAUAUGCAAUUUUCUUAUAAAUACGUAACCGUCAUCCAAUUCCUCCCAAGUAAAUCCCUCGCAAUGCUUCUUUUACAUAUAAAGUAUA